GGAGGAGCGCAGCGGCCGCGGGAGAACAAUGUUUAGACGCUGAAGAUAGAAACAAACGACCGCGCUGGGAGGUGAAAUAAGCACGGCCAGAGCGAGCGGUGGUCAUGAACUGGAUGAGAGCAGUGGCCCUCUUGUGAAGACCCCAUCGUUUCAGCGUCACUCCGCUCUGUCCAAGCGCCUCCACCAUGAGCCUCAUCCAGGACAAGCUAGGAAGCGAGUUCCUGCGGCCGGGCGGGGGCAUGGAGGCCGGCUUCAGUCCGGGCAUGCUGAUGUUCAGCCACCUGCCGCCCGUCACCAGCUUCACCCGCCUGACCGGACAGAGCAUCAUGGCCGAGCUGCAACCACACGAGCUCGUCCUGAAAAAGGAGCGCCACUCGCCCGAGUGCGACGUCUCCGGAGGAGGAGGAUUGGUGUCGGGGGUGGGGAUGAUGCCAGGGACGGGCGACUACAUGCCUGCUAUGGGCAUUAAGCAGGAGAAGGUGUCUGAGCUGGACUACAGGCAGCCCAUGUAUCCAAGCGACGGUGGACGUGGUGGCACUGAGAUGCUGGAGAUGACCCUCAGCAACCAUCAGAACCUGCUGGUACACGACCUCAGCAUGGGGAACCUGUCGGGGAGGCUGGGAAAGGACUCCUCAGGGAGGAAAGGUCGAAGGUCAAAUGGUGACGGACAGGAGGGCAAGACGCGUCGGAAACGAGGAGAAUCAAAGUCGAUGAUGCUGGAUCCUGAUGGAGGGACGGUGUCUCCCAGCUCCAAACCGCACAUCUGCGAGCACUGCAGCGCAGCCUUUCGCAGCUCCUACCACCUCCGCAGACACGUUCUCAUACACACGGGUGAAAGGCCGUUCCGGUGUAAUCAGUGUAACAUGAGCUUCAUUCAGAAAUACCUCCUGCAGAGACACGAGAAAAUACACAGCGGAGAGAAGCCUUUUAGCUGUGACCAGUGCAACAUGCGCUUCAUUCAGAAAUACCACAUGGAGAGACACAAGCGAACACACAGUGGAGAAAAGCCAUACAAGUGUGACACCUGCCAACAGUAUUUUUCCAGGACAGAUCGGUUGUUGAAGCACAAGCGGACAUGCGGAGACGUGGUAAAGAAGGAUUUGGAUGAGGUCGAGCUGGGUAGGGAGGCCCACGGCGGGCACGGCAGCUACGCAAUCACUCAGGGAAGCGUGACCACACCAGGCCGCAAACGAGGCAAGUCCAAAAAUAGUGCCGAGGGUGGCAAACGCAAGAGGACGUCAGGGCCCUCACACAGUCAGGGGACAGAGGAGUAUGCCCUGCACGAUUUUAACACUGUGGACAACCAUGGACUCUCACUAUCUUCUACAUCAGCAUCCCAUCCAGGGCCCAGCAUGCACGGAGAACCAGUGCCAGCACCCAAACUGGCGUUUAAAAAGGGCCACAGGAAAGGCUUGGAGAAAAACGCCCAGUCCAAGUCUGGCAGCAUGGAACUGACUGGUAACGCUGGCAUGGAUGAUGCUGGCAUGGGCCUCCUCCAGAGCCACAAAGCAGGCCAAAGUAGCAGCAACAACAGCGCCAACUAUGACGACGCCAUGCAGUUUGUGAAGAAGCGGCGCUACUUGAAUGCAACCAGCAACGGUGGGGUAGGGGGUGGAGCUUCUGGCUAUGACGUGGGCGUGAGCCACUUGCAGCCCCAGCCGGUGGUCGUUCAGGGCAUUGUGUCUGGAGUAAUGGACGGAGACUCCUCACUGGGGCUUCUUGACUCGUCGCCUCUGGCUGACAUUAAACCAGACAAGUCAGGAAUCCCAGAUGAGGUGCUACAAAGUCUGCUGGAGCACUAUGGCCACAAGCCUGAUGUGACCUUUGACUUAUCUGACCCACAUCCUGUGGAACUGGAGCAAGGCACAGCCGAGGGUGUUGACCCAAUGGGCGCCGAGAACCACCCUGGGAGUGCAGACAAGGCUUCUUUAAUGCACGAGUACUCUCGCUUCCUCCUGCAGGCCCUCGAGAGAACGAGUCACAGCGGUGGCUUUGUACUCGGGCCGACACCUUCCUCCUCCUCUUCCUCAUCCGGCACCGUAGCUUCUUUCCCGACGUACACAGCCACCCCUCUGGAGUUCUCCUUCGGCCUCCCGGUCUCCUCCACCUCAUCUCCAAUACUCAGUUCCUCUGUGCCAAAGCCACACUUUGGCUUGUUGGGGAGCUCGUCGCCUUCGCAGGGCUUCCAUUUGAGUGGCCUGGAGCCCACGGCACACUCCCAGCAGCCUCAGCAGCAGCUUACCCCAUCCCAGGAGCUGACAGAACAGCUGGAGAAACAACACACCAACUCUCCUCCUGCUCCUCCACACACCCCCAACUCAAGCGCCUACCAGCUCCCGGCUCCAACCACUGACCUCAGCGGCCAGAAAGGCAGCCAAGGCCCUAAAAACGGCGCCACUGGCUUCUCAAUGGUCCCAGCCAAAGGCUCGUAUCAGAUCGAGAACUUUGCUCAGGCGUUUGGAGGGCAGUUUAAAGGCGGGCAUCGGCCUUUGGUGUUCGGUACAGACUCGGGUGCAGACGUGGAGCAAUUCUCAGGGUACAGCAGCCUUCUGGCCAGCGUGAGCGACACCAAAAGCCCACAAAGCCAAAGCUACAACUGAUCUGGCUGCAGAGCUUCGGCUUAUUCAUUAUUUUGUCUUUUUGUAUCAUUGUUGUUGUUAUUGUUUUAUUGUUGUUGUUAUUAUUAUUAAUUAUUUAGUUCUAUUUUAUUAUUAUUUUUGUAAUGCUUUUUGUGUUUUCGUAAUUAUCUCAUUGCCAUUUUUGAAAAUAUGGAAUUUCACCCCAGUCGGCCUAUGAAGGCCAAAAUGAAAUGCAAAUUUAAGUAUUUUCAAUUCGUUUCCUUUUUGGAAGGAAAGGCCGUUUUAGUAAUUAUAUUUCCUCUUUCAUAGGGUCGUAGAGACUGCUCUGUUCAUCAGUAGAACAUCCUCAUGAAGCGAAAAUAGAGUAGCGGUGAACUUUGAGGUUUUUUUUUUUUUUCCCCCUUCCCCUCCCCCUCUCUGUUUCUGUACCCAAUGGUCAUGUUUUAAUAAUGUAAGAUAAAUUUGAGGUUAGAAAUAGCAGGGAGUAGCCCGGAAAAGGAGAAUGACGGUGGGGGUGAGGGGGGAACCCCAAGACGUUGUCUGUUACAAGAUUUUAAAGUAUUACUCAGGUAAAAUGUGUAAAGGUGUACAGGAGAAUUUUAUCAGAGGGGCAGCAAUAAUGCAUCGAAGAGGUGGAAAUCACUCUGCAAAUCCAGAGAAGCUUUGUGUGGGGUUUUUUUUUGUUUGUUUGUUUGUUUCUUUGGGUUUUUUUUUUUUUGAGGGCGACACAGAAACGAAACUGCUGCCUGCUCUGUUUCACUGACAACACUUUCCAUGUAGCUGUAUAGAGAUUAUGGUACUUUUAUGUCAAUGUGAAAUGCUCACAUUUUCUUUCAAUAAGGGCCAUAUAUAUAUAUUUAUAAGAAUAUCUAUAUGUACGAUACCAUAUGUAACCUUUCUGGGGAAUGGCGGGUGACAUCGGGGUUAAACGGUAGGGCUGCGGAAGGGGACGUGUCCAAGCAUGCUCUUUCCUCUUUCUUCUACGCCAGAUCCCCGACCCCAGUUUUUCUCCCCCCACCCUACCCCUUUUUUUUUUUUUUUUUGGGUCCACCUUUGGAGAGCAGAGCCAAGGCUUGCUCACAAGAGGGCGCAGUGUAUACAUGCACGAGUGCCUCUCAGCACACCAGCUCGUAGGACUAUGCUGUGCCUCUUUCACCUCCUGUCUUUUCCCCCCCUUCUUCAUCUCGAAAAAGAGUCCAGUCGAGCACUUUGAGCCUGUUCGUUUUUCAUACAGGAUGAAGCGACCCAGCAUUCUGUCCAUUCUGUAGCAGUGGACUUGCUAUUUUUUUUUAAACAAAUCUAAAGUCAAUGUUUGGAAGACAGGCAAGGGAAAGACCAGGAAGAGGUUUGCUUUAGUAACACGGUGGGUGGGAGGGUUAUAUGGAUAUGACGAGGUCUUACAUUUCGAGCAUGGUUUAGUGGGUAAAAUGGAGGGUGGGGUUAUUUUGUGUGUGUGUGUGGGGGGGAAGCUUGCUUGUUUUUUAUUUUUUAUUUUUUGGACUUCUGGAUGUAUGUAGGGCAGGCCUAGAGUGGGAGGGAGCUUAAAUUUCUUUGGUAGUAUUGAAUCUGGGGAAAUGGUGUUGGCCCCUCUAAAGACGCUGUGAUUUUUUUUUUUUUUUCUCUCUCUCUCAGUGGGCAGGUGAUCCAAAAAAGCAGUACAAACUGUAAGCAUUUCGCAGUGCUGGAACUGUGUGAGCAUGCAGGGUGAAGUAUUAUCUUCAACUACAUUUCAUCUUUGUUUUGUACUGAAUAAUUUAAGUAUUUUUUUUUUUUCCUUUUCAUGAGUAAGUGCAUUGUCUUCCGCCACCACUGUUGGCUGCUGUCUCUGUUUUUAAAUCAGCCCUUAUUUUUGCUUUCAUAUGCACCUACUGACUUUCUUCAGACCGAACCCUCUGAAAGCAGAUCUCACGGGGAACAAAAGUGACCACUAGAACCAAGUACUGUGUUUGUAGCAACCGAGGAUACUCGUAUGGCUGUUCUCAAUGAGUCGUCAUAGCUGAUCGCUUUAUACCUCAUGUUACUGAUGACACAAGCAGGGAUACAGGACAGACUGACGUGCGCAUGUAGCAGGGACGAUUCAGCUUUAGUAGAGAAAAUCCUCUUUUUAUUUUUUUUCCCCCCUCUUUUAACCAGUCUGUCUAGAGACAGCCUUCUCGAGAACGUGACCUCUCAAAUCCACCCUGAACAACUUGCAUAUCGUCCUUUAUAUUUAACAAAUGAUUUUCAGUCGUGUUGCAAUUUUUAAUCACAAAAUUCUAAGUUGAUGUUUUUGGUCAAGUUUCUGACAUUACCCACACUGCCAUUCAACUACCUGCUGAUAUGAUAGUGGUGCAGUGGGAUCCAGCUCUCGAUUCGUCUCUAACCCCCUUGACCCGUGAUCAUUGUCCAUUGCGUGCGAGACCAUUUAAGUUAUUCCACGAAAUCCAGUCGUACGUGAGCCGAUAGCCGACGAGGUGCGUAUUCUAUCCACGUUAACUGGAUUGAGAAACGGAGCGUUUUUAUUUCUUGCAAAUUCGAUAAAUUAAAAACUUUUAUACAAAACGUCCGACAAAAUCAUUUCUGCUUGGUGUAAACAAACCGGCGAAGUGACGGUAGCAAUUUGUGAAAAAUGCUAUAAUAAUAAUAAUAAUAAUAAUUCUUGGAAAAAAAAAAGUUCUUACCAUCAAAUACUUUCAUUUCAUAUUUUGUUGCUGUUUUUUUUUUCAGGCGGAGUGUUUUCGAGUCGUUUUUAUUUCGUCCUCGGUUGGUUGAGCAACACGCUCUGUCAUUUUGUUUCUCCUCUACUCAUGGUAUAUGAGCUGAUCUCCUAGUAGUAGAGUAGCCAAUCGGACGGAGCACGCGAUUGCUCAUAUCCAGUGAACGUGGAUAGAAUAAUUUUGGAUACAUUUCCAGAACUAUUACAGUCCUAUGUCUACAGUUGUAUCCCAGAGAAUUACUGGUAACACGUGAAUGUGGGUUGUGAUUUAUGGAGUUAUCGUAUUUCUACAUUGGCUGUGUUUUUUGACUAUUGAUAUUUACUGGAUUUUAAGAUGCUCGAGCGCACGAUUGCUCAUAUCCAGUGAAUGUGGAUCGAAUAACUCCUGUUGUAACUACACUAGAAAUGUCUACCUGUGAUUACAGCGCUACAUGCAACCACGAGGAUUGAGGAUUGUUUGAAUUUUGUCGAUUCUGAUUUUGUCUCUUCCCCGUUUCAGUUCCACAAUGUUUUUAAAAAAAAAAAAAAAAAAAGCCAAAUGUUUAGAUAACCAAGCAUAACUGCUGGCCAUUUCAAGUGGUCCAUCUUUCACACCGUGGUGCUGUUAGCCGUGCGUGUUAAAUCGUAUCUAGACGCAUGGACGCGCUGUUGCAUGGUCAUGUAGACAGGUCCUGGCAGAUGUGUCGCCUUUGUUUGCAAUAAUGAAAUGUUUUUGCAGAACUGAUUGAUUGUUUUUAAACAGGCACCUAGGAUUUUGUUUUCGGUUCUAAUUUGGAACUAGGUUUCAGGUCUCAACCCCUAACUUUUCUAGGAAUAAUUAAAAAAGAAAAUACAGCACCAGAAUUAUUGGAAAAGUUUUAUCGCAAAUAUUUCAGUAUAAGUGUGUGUAAUGUGUUUCAGGGUGGAGUUUUGCUUGAACUAUGGCACUGAGACUGGAGCAGGUUUACCUCUGCUCUUUUAACAGUAGUGGAAAUUUGAUCCACCUUUUUUUUUUUUUUUACACUAAUCUUAAAUUUGUAUUUGUAAAAAUACCCCAGUUUUCUGUUCGCCUCAGGUCGAAUUAUUAUACAAAUGGUGUACGAAUAAAUAGAUGAAAUGAUGGCACAUCAUGUAAAAGUAUAUGAUAGAAAACCAAAUCUGCAGUCUUUUGGUGAAUUUUUCUUCAACGGUUUCUGACCAAUGGGGUACAAACGGACCUUAUAACAGGUCUGAACCAGUUUGUGUUGAUUUUAACGGUAUGAACUGAUAGCUGAACAGCUCUCGUUCUCUCAGAGCAGUGAAUUUUGCUGACUGGAUUUGUACUGUAAUCGUUGCAACAUUUCACCAAUAAUUUUUGGACGUUUAUCAGUUCUGGUGUUAAAUGAAAAGUCAAAGUCCAGUCACUGAUAUCCUGGAUGACUGAACACAUUCACACACCGGCUUGCUCAUGCAUGUGCUCCGUGUCGCAGGUUGAAUUCAGUUUGUCUACGUUUUAGCCUUUUGUUAUCAGCGCAGGGAAAGUGUCGACCUCUCAUUCAGACUGGUAAACACCUAGUGUCCAUUUCAUACUAAAAAAAAAACAAAAACCAGAAUCACACAUUCUCCUCAAUGUGACUUUUCUCUUCUCACCAAACCAAAACGAUGUAUUCUUAUUGUUUACAUACAACGUACCAGAACACUAACAUGUUUCUUCUGUUUUUUUUUUUGUUUGUUUGUUUUCUUGCCCGUUUUGUCAUCACACCAAAAUUUUGUAGCUCACGUUCCUUCUGUCUUAUUUUAUUUUAUGACAGAUUCUUGUGAUCUGACUCACAGGGCUAUACCUGUCCCUUUGGAUUUAUUAUUGAUUAGGGGUUAAAAAAAUAAAAUGCUGUUAUCAGUG